CCCCUUCCCCAUCCCGGGGCCAGGGAAGACCUGCCUUCGGCGGCCGGCGGAGAAAGCGCCCAGAGCGGGGAGGAACGGACGGCGCCGCAGGGUCAGUCCCCUCCCACCUCCUCCGCUUCCAGGGCUCCACGAGUCUCUCCUCCCCCCAAGCCCAGAAGUUGGGGGGCCCCCUCUCGGCCUCCCGCGCUCCGGCCGCCGCGACCUCAGCCUCCGCGGAGCGGCCCCCUCGGCCCGGGAAGAUGGCGAGAAGGAGCGGCCCCCGCCUGCUGCUGCUGCUGCUGCGCUACCUCGUAGUCGCCCUGGGCUAUCACAGAGCCUAUGGAUUUUCUACCCCAAAAGGCCAUCAAGUAAUCACGGCAAUAGAGUAUCAAGAGGCCGUUUUAACCUGUCAGUACCUGAAGAAGACCAUGGCCUCCAGACUAGAGUGGAAGAAGCUGGGGGACAGUGUCUCCUUUGUCUACUACGAACAGGCUCUUAAAGGUGAUUUUAAAGAUCGAGCUCAGAUGCUGGAUUUCAACAUCAGGAUCAAAAAUGUUACAAGAAAUGAUGCCGGGAAGUACCGCUGUGAAGUUAGCACCCCCUCUGAGCAAGGCCCAAGACUGGAAGAGGAUACUGUCACCCUGGAAGUGUUAGUGGCUCCAGGAGUUCCAUCCUGUGAAAUACCCAACUCUGCUCUGAGCGGAACCGUGGUGGAGCUGCGAUGUCAAGACAAAGAGGCGAAUCCAGCCCCUGAAUACACGUGGUUUAAGAAUGGCAUCCGUUUGUUAGGGGGUCCAGAACUUGACGGCCAGAGCACCAACAGCUCGUACACAAUGAAUACGAAAUCAGGAACUCUGCAAUUUAACACCGUUUCAAAACUGGACAGCGGAGAGUACUCCUGCGAAGCCCGCAAUUCUGUCGGAUCUCGCAGGUGCCCUGGGAAACGAAUGCAAGUAGAUGAUCUCAACAUAAGCGGCAUCAUAGCCGCGGUAGUAAUUGUGGCCUUGGUGAUUUCUGUUUGUGGCCUUGGCGUGUGCUACGCCCAGAGGAAAGGCUACUUCUCAAUAGAAAAUGCCCAAGAUGACAGGCAGGUGAGUCAUGCAGCACCUGGGCAGACGGAGGGAGGAAAGGCAGAGAGCUGCCUCCGCCCGGCAUUCCAGGGGACACCGUGGAAUGGCCCAGUGCGGAGAUGCCCGGGACACCGAGAGACAGUCAGCAUAGACGCAUGUGUACAGGACAUUUCCAUGUGUUGAAGAUCCUUUCAAGUUAGGAAUCGUGUAUCUCAAGUGGUAAAUUGAUUUCUACUUAUAUGAUGAGAGAUUUCAUUGAAGUAAAUCUGUGAACUGUUUUAUCAGUUGAGAAUAGUGGAAUGUCCAAUGUCCAAUUCAGCACAACUGGAAAGAACCGUUCAGUAAAAGCUGGAAACCUGUUGUGCUGCAGUUGCUUCUGAACAAAGUUUGUAGUUCUUCACGUUUAGCCAUCAUGUGAUUCUAACCCCCAUU